AGUGUACGCGUAUCAAUUAUUUUCAGUUCUCCACGUACAUAUAGCUUAAGAAGUGUAUGGUAUACUAUGUUUUAGGAUAAAGGACCAAUUGAUGGUGGUGAGCCUGUCGUAGUUGGUACACAGCCAGGGACAGAUGAAAAACCAACUGCUGACACAGAGAUGGUAGAAAAUCCAUCAGGUUUACCUGCAACAUCUGGACAGGUAUAUGGUCUGCUAAUAGUCAAAUGUAGUUUUCCAUAUGUGUACUCACAUAAAGCUUAAGACGUGUAUGGUAUAUUUGUUUCAGGGAGAAGAACAUGGUGCCGGUCUUGAGAGUGAAGCAAAUGUUGGGGAGCAACCAGAAAUUUGUGAGGAUAAUGAUAGAGAUACAUCUUCUCAGGCUGAACACACCGAGGAACCCGGUGUAAGUGUUGAUGCGGGAGAUGUACCCAAUGUAGUUCCAGAGAGUAAAGUGGAUGACUCAGUACUUGAGGGCACCCUAGGGGAUCCCUCUUCACCAUUUGCAGUAGUUAAGAAUGUGUUACAGGAGUUGGCAACGAAAGCCUCCAUGGAUGUGGAUGCAGCUAAUGUAAAGGAGGGAGUGUUGGAGCAGCAGGGGAUUGUCGACGGGGUGGAAGAACAAGAGGAUUCAAACCCAGGGUUAGAUGAAGCAGACACGACAGUUGGUACACUGGAAAAUAUUGUGAGUAUCUUCCCAGUAAAUAUUAUCAUUACAUUUUGAAAUUGUUUAAUCAUGGUGUUUACAAUAAUACUUCUUUACAGGAUG